GGCAAUAUAGCCUUGUUUGAGGCAUGCUGUAAGGAGCGGAUCCAGCAGUUUGAUGAUGGUGGAUCUGAUGAAGAAGACAUUUGGGAAGAAAAACAUAUUGCAUUUACACCAGAGUCCCAGAGGCAUUCCAGUUCGGGCAGUACGGACAGUGAAGAAAGUACAGAUUCUGAAGAGGAGGAUGGAACAAAACAAGACUUGUUUGAAUCGCGCACCAAUACAGAGGACAAAAUGGAAGUAGACUUAAGUGAACCACCAAACUGGUCAGCUAACUUUGAUGUACCCAUGGAGACCGCACAUGGUGCCAGUCUGGAUUCUGUUGAGUCUCAUGUGUGGAGUACAGAAGAACCUAUGCCAGCAAAAGAAACUGGCUGGGCUUCCUUUUCAGAGUUCACAUCCUCUUUGAGCUCAAAAGAUUCCUUAAGAAGUAAUUCUCCUGUGGAAAUGGAAACAAACACAGACCCAAUUGAUCCCUUGAAUGCAAAUGUAACUGCCCUUGCAACACAGCUAGAGACCCCAGGAAGUGUUGCUAUGGAGGCCAGCUCAGAUGGAGAGGAUGAUGUAGAAAAUGCAGACAAGGUAACUGAAACAGUAAUGAAUGGCAGCAUGAAGGAGACACUGAGCCUUACUGUAGAUGCUAAAACUGAAACGGCUGUUUUCAAAAGUGAGGAAGGAAAAUUGUCUACCUCACAGGAUGCUUCUUGUAAAUACAUCGUAGAAGAGAAUGCAGAGGUUGGAGAAGAGGCUCCUUCAGCUCUGCAGCCUACUAACAGCAGUCCAGAACAGAGGACUGGUCAACCCAGCUAUUUAGGAGAGACAUCUGUUAAUGGCCCUGUAUGAUAUGUGAUGUCUACUACCUUGGCUGAAGAAAGUGAACUGAUAUCCAGGUGUUUGAGUGUUUCUUGAGGAUUUCAUCUAUACCCUGUUGAAGCCAGUCACUGCUGCACUAAUUUCGCAAGGGAUCAGGACCAGCAACAUUUAUAUUCUAGAUUUUAAGACAUUGUACAGAAAUACAUAAGUGUAAAAAUAUUGCACAUUGAGAAAUACCAAUAAUUUUUGCGUAUGUUUAUAUUGUAUUGUUCUAAAUAAUGGGUGGCCUGUGAAAUAAGAUCCUGCUACCUAUGUAAUGAUGACAGUAGUGUUACUAUAGUUAAAAUGGCUGUAAGAAUAGUUUUAUAAAAAAAUGAAUACACAAAUCUAAUGUAUUUGAGACAUAACUAUUUGACGAUUAGUGUGACCAAAGUAUUUAGCAGUUUUCAUACAUUUUUUCACCUUGUAAAAAGAAAAGAAAAAAAUUAAUUCAUGUUUCUUCUGAAACUGAAAUGCCCUAUAAAUGUUAUUUUGGUUGUUUUAGCUUACAAAAGUGAUUUAAGUAAGAAUUUUCUGGUGUUCAACAUUUUACAACAGUUUUUUUAAUUGGUAAUUGUUUUCUGUAUUGUUUAAAACAGAUCAAAAAUGUAAGUCUAUUGGUAGAGAUUUUAAGUAUUUAUUGCUACAACUUAGUUGACAAAUUGAUGUUACUGUAAAGCCAUAUGUUUCUGUUAAGUCUUGUUUGCUUGAAACAGUACCUUACAGGUGAAACACUAGAAUAUUUGAAGUGCACAUGGUUUGUUGCGUUUAAGUGAUUCACCUGCCUUUUAACCCAUUCACCAAGAUUUAGUUUAAUACCAAGCAUUAUACAAUGGAACACUUCAGAACAAUCUGUGUAUUUAAAACGCUAUAAUCCUUUUAGACAAGUCAAGUAAAUGAAAUGCCCGUGCUGCUAAUGUAAUUACAGUACAUGCAUUUUAAAAGUAUAUAGUGUUUUUAAUACAAAUUUUGGCAGCAGAGCAUGUUAAUUGUUACUUCCACUAUACUGAUCUGUGUGAGGCUUUCAUUUGUAUGUUCUAAACCAGUUUUUUCACAGCUGGUUUGUGUAUAUAUAUAUAGUGAUUAUGGAAACUAAUUCUGUGUAAUUUAUAAUUUUCUAUGUCACUGUAAAAUUCCAACAGCCUUCUCAAACAAACAGAAGCAAUAUACUGUAUAUUGCCACACUGUCUGGUGAAAGGGUUAAAGUACUUCACCUCCUGCACUUUCAGAUGCAAAUCCAUUUUUGUUUCUGUAAUAGUUAUAUUCAUUUAUUUUUUACAUCAUUUGUUUUCCUGACAAGUAUUUAAAGCCAAAAGUAUACUCUAAACAACAGCCAAUGAUUUAUUUUAGAAGGCAUCCCAAGCAAUGUGCCUAAACAUUACAUUGCAUACAGAAAUAAAAAAAAAAACCAAACCCACAUGUAUAUAAUGGCAUUGCCCUUAUUGCUUCCUCUCUUGCAUUUUCUGCAGCAAAUUUCAAUGGCACUCGUCAUUGUAAAUUGUUACAAACUGAACAGAUGUGUGAAAAUGGAGGGGGGAAAAAAACACAGUAUCAUAGGUGGAAUGGUAACUAUGGUUGCCCUUUUAUUGUACUUUAUAAAUGAUGGAAU